AUGGAUAUCGUAUCAAGUCGUUAUCGUACUGAAGUUUCUGUUGAAGGUAUAAUUAGAUAUUUACUUAAAGAUUUACUUAUGGGUUUAGAUAAGGGUUUAGAUAAAGGUUUGGCUGGGGGUUUAGAUGAGAAUUUAGAUGGGAAUGGGGUUGGGGUGAGUAAUUUAAAAGAAGUACUAGUGAUGACGUCAUUGAAAGAAGAACGGGAUAGAUUGGAAAGUAUAGUUGGAUCGGAAGGGGUGAGUGUUAUGCGGAUGAAGGAAGGGUUACAGAGUAUUAGAACGGGUCGGAAAUGGCAAGUAGUUAUAAUUGAUGGGUUUGAGACGGUGGCUGAUUUAGGCUGGGCAGAAGAAGUCUUGGGGGUAGUGGAGAAGGAAAAAGUCCCGGUUGUGGUUGCAGUUGGCGCGGAGAGGGAAGAGGUGGAGAAUUGGAAGGUCUUAGAAGGAGCAAGUAAAUCUGGAGUGUUUAAAGUAAGAGGGAAGACCUUGGUGGAGAGAAUGGGGGUUUUAUUUGCCUUGACUAAGAUGAAGCCAAUGCGAGGACUGGCUGUAGUAGUAGAGAAUGAUCGGGAAAUUAGAAGAGUAGGUGCAUUUUUAGGAGCUUUUGGAGUGGGAGUGGCUGUACAUCCGGAAAGAGUUAUGGAUGGAGUAGUGGGCGUAUUUGGACCGGGGAGUUUAAGAGCACUAAGGUACAACUUAGUAGUGGACUUUACGGGAGAAGUAGAUAUGGGUAGUGUAGUUGUAUUACAAGUAGGUGAGGAGGAAGGUGAUUCGCCUGGUGAUAGACGGUUUAGGGCUUUACUGGACCGGGCAUUGGGGUACAAGUACCGAAUAGAAAGUGUGUUGACUGCGAUUACACCACCCGUCUUAAGUGGUCGUCAGGAAAUGGAUUUAGAUAUAUUUAAGCACUUCCGUGGACCACUUAGACAGAUACAAUAA